AUGAUUGCGGAGACCUGGUUAAGCCUUGAGAUAGCAGAUUCUGAAGUCAAUUUACCUGGUAUGUCACUGCUUCGGAUUGACAGAGCUGAAAGAGGUGGUGGCGUGAUUCUGUAUUACAAGGCUAACCUCCGAUGUGAAGCUAUUGACCACCCAGAGAUCCGUGCCCCAGAUUCGCUUUGGUGCCGGCUAUGGUUGCGGAACCAAGACACAUGUCUUAUAGCUGUGAUUUACCGUCCACCAAACUCUACAUGUGGAAUGAACUCCAAACUGAACCAUGUUCUUCAAGUUGCCUUGAGCAAGACAUACAGUCACAUUCUCAUCGCAGGCGAAUUUAAUGUGCACGACCUGGAAAUAGCGGCGACCGAUAGCAUGCAGUUCAAAGCCUGUUUACAAGAGGUAAUUUCCAGCUACCCUCUGUACAACCACGUGACCUCUCCCACCAGAUUUCGGACUGCCAACAAGCCGUCGAUACUUGAUCUUGUACUCACCAACGAAGAACUCAUGGUCGACGGAAUAAUUACAAGCACACCACUGGGUCGCACUGACCAUGUGACUACUGUUCAACUAUGUAGGUUAUGCGGAAUAUCCUGA